AUGCAAUUUGAAGAUAUCGUUGACAUGGAUUGGCUUAGCUCUGAUGUUAUUGAUCCUACCUUAACUUCUCCUGAAACAGACAUCUUUAUCAAGCAAGAAGAUACUCUAGAUACCGGUCUCCUCUCCCCUCCUUCUACUGCUGCAAGUACCUUUGAUUGCCUCUAUCCUUCUACUACGCAACUUAUCAUGCCCUCAGUUGAACAAAUUAAGCAGCUGAUUGAACUAGCCAAAAGACAGUUGGCCCUUCGAGAACAACUAACUCCUGAACCCGAUGGUAUGCCUAAUACCAUCCUAUCCACACAUGAUCCAACGGAUACUGCUGCCAUUCCUGAUACAGUAUCACCUCAAUCACUUAUCAAACAUGGUAAAUCAAACACAAAAAGGCGUGCAUCAAGUACAAGUCACGCAAGUAUGGAGUGCAAAAUAGAAGAGAAUGAGAAACUGCUGUCUUUGGAAACAAUGGCUGAGGCAGAUGGAAUUGAUAUCAAGAAUAUGUCGUCAAAGGAAAGAAGACAGUUGAGAAAUAAGAUAUCUGCACGUAACUUUCGAGUUAGAAGAAAAGAAUAUAUCAAUACACUUGAAUCUCAAGUCACUGACCACAAGCGAGCAAAUGAAAAAUUGCUGCAUAGAUUAAAUAUCAUAGAAGAAGAGAACAAACAACUCAAGAUGCAGGUUGAUUCAUUAAAACGUCAAAAUCAAUUACUUCAACAACAAGCAAAUAAUAUCAUCAAUAAGGAUAUCAGCAUACUCGGAUCAAAACCAACAGAGACAUAUAGACAAGAUAACUCAAUACUUGUCUCUUAA